CCGCAAAGCCUCGGCCUCCCAGACCCGUGUAGCGCCAAUUAACGCGAUCGAGCUGCUGUUGGAAAUGGAUGAUCCUGUUGAGUUUCUGGAUCCUUUGCCAAAGGAUCUCGAGUGUCCUAUAUGUUUGCUUCAUCUUAAAGAACCACUUCUUACGUCAUGCGGCCAUCGAUAUUGCAAAUCUUGUGUUGACAAGAUAACCAGAAACAAGGAAUUCACCUGUCCUCUUGACAACAAGUUAUGUUCAAGAGCUAAAGAGACAUUUCCUGACCGAGACUUUGAACGCAAAGUAGCAUGUCUCAAAGUGAAAUGUGGUCGAUUUAGAGAAGGAUGUAAAUGGUCUGGACAACUCAACCAACUCGAGACUCACAUGUCAAGUGGAGGUUGUGAAUUCGAGUUAGUGCAAUGUCCAUAUGCUGAAGCAGGCUGCACUUACAAGUUGAAGAAAAAGGAAUUACGAGAACACAAACGAGCACACACCAGUGAACACAUGGAUCUUCUUCUUCAGAAAGUGUCUGAUUUGAAAAGAGCAAAUACCAGUGAACACAUGGAUCUUCUUCAGAAAGUGUCUGAUUUGAGGAUAGAAAACGAGGAUCUUAAACGUCAAUUGCGUGCCACUACAGGAAAAGUUUGCACUUUUUUCUGGAGAAUCAAGAAUUGGCCAGAUGUCCUACAAGAGGCAAAGAAUCAUAAAUGUGAAACCAUCUACAGUGAAAGUUUCUACACAGGAUAUCCAGGAUACAAACUACGUCUUAUGUUUAAACCAAACAAAACCAAAGGAGGAAGUCAUGAGUUUUAUGUUGGCGUUUUAUUGCAGGUGCUGAAAGGAGAAUAUGAUGAUCUAUUAGAAUGGCCAUUUCCACUAAAGUACAAACUGUUCAUAGUCGAUCAACAGCCAAACGUAACUGCUGCCAACUUAACAAAAAUAGUAGACCCAAUUAAAUGGCUUCAUCUUGAUGUUGAAGAAGUACUAAAGAAGCCAACUGCUGAAUACAACAAAAUGGGUUUUGGUUUUCUAGACUUUGCCACACAUCAUUCCCUUCAGACCAGAACGUAUAUUCGCAAAGAAGACAAGUCCCUCCUCAUCAAAAUUGAAGUGUACAACUAAAUUUUUUAGCUAAUUUUAUUACAUGCUUACUAGCACGACUUCUAAUUCAAGGAGUUGCAUUUUGUUAUCUACAGUUAUUAGAUAUCAUGCAGGUUCAUAUAUCAAUUAUCUAAUUAUAUUGAUGUCUUAACAA